AUGGAAGAGACCAUGAAGCUAGAUGAGAAGAUGUCGUUCCUCAUAGAUGGUUUCCCCCGCAAUGAAGACAACCUUCAGGGGUGGAACAGAGUCAUGGAUGGGAAAGCAGAUGUCAAAUUUGUGCUUUUCUUUGAUUGUGAAAAUGAGGUUUGCAUCGAAAGAUGUUUAGAAAGAGGAAAGGACAGUGGACGCACCGAUGACAAUAAAGAAAGCUUGCAGAAAAGAAUCCAAACUUACCUACGGUCUACACGGCCAAUUAUUGAACAGUAUGAGAAAGAGGGCAAAGUGCGUACUAUAGAUGCCUCUCGUACUGUGGAUGAGGUAUUUGCUGACGUGAAGGCUAUCCUGGAUAAGGAAGGAUGACUUUCCCUGGCUGCUGACAGCAUUCUCUUUUAGCUUCCUUUUUAUCACCAGCGUUUACAUUGUAAUAAAUUGAUGUCUGUUCAUAUGGUGUUUUACUUUUCCAUGUUUUGUAAAUGCAUUAUUUGUUUGAGAGUGUGUGUCCUAUGAUGUUUUAUGAAUGCUCAGUAGAACGGCUCACAGCUCAUCAGUGCUGUCAGUAUAAGACCAGUAAAUACAAAUGUAGGUGUUUAGUACUGUCAGUAAAUCAUAGCAGUCAUGCAGGAAUACCACAAAGUUAUAUAUCACAAGUAUUUACAGAAUAUGUUGUGAGACGAAGUGGUCAUGUGGCUGAGCUUUUCCUUCACUUGGGUUCCAUGUCAGACUUUGACAGAACAGCCAGCAGACACUGGCAAAUAAAAUGCAGAAAAUGUCUCACGUGUUUGUGUUUGUACCUCACACCUCCUUCCAGUCCACCUUUGGUUUGCACUGUGUGGACAGUAAGGUUUCACAACUAAUAACAAUGAGCAGCAGUGGGGGAAUGAACCUAUGUUCCCAGAGUCCAGGAUCUCCAGUUGUCCUGUUAACACACAUUAAUCUUCCUGUUACAUUCUGGUCAGGACACAUUUCAAGUUUUCCA